UACCUCCAUGUGUCCACAAUGCCCCGAAUGCCCGACUCCCAAACAUACUUCAUGCCGGAGCGAAGACUAAAAUCAAACUAGCUGUAAUCACGAGGUUAAAGAUCAAACUUUGUUUAGGAAGAUACUAACCACAAAUUCUCAUAAAAACCCAUGCACUAAUUGGUUUAUUCAAUUGAACUGAAACAGAACCAAGAUCCUCACCUAUUGGACGAGGUGGAUCCGUCCCUGGUAUAGACUGUGGCUGAGCAAUAGGAAGAAAAUGCCGAAUCCUAGUCUCCCUGAGGAAUUGAUACAGGAAAUUCUGUUGAGGUUGCCGGUGAAAUCUCUUGUACGCUUCAAAUGCGUGUGUAAGUCAUGGCUCUCUCUUAUUUCCGAUCCCAAAUUCGCAAAAUCGCAUUACGACUUAGCCUCUGAACCCACCUAUCGAUUUCUCUUCAUAUCAACUUCUGAUUCCCAAGUGCAAUCCAUAGACAUAGAAGCAUCACUUAUUGAUCAUGAUUCUCCAGUAUUAUCAACUCACGUUCUUCCUCACCCUGUUUCUGCUUGGUCUAUUAGUAACAGUCGAAUUUAUGGUUCUUGCCGAGGCUUUUUACUUUUGAACUACAGGCAGCGUGAUCUCCUUGUGUGGAAUCCAUCAACAGGUGCUUUCAAACCAAUACCCUACCCACAUUCGAAUUCCCUAUACGGAUUUUGGUAUGAUGCAUCAACAGAUGAUUAUCUGGUUCUUUUUAUGAAAAUUCCAUAUGCCCCUGAUUGGAAAACAGAUAUUGAUAUUUUCUCAUUGAAAACCAAUUCGUGGGAUCAAAUUGAGGGUUUCAAAUUCCCAUAUUGGAUUACCCGGGCUAGAACUGAAGCUGGUCUUCUUUUAAAUGGAGCUCUUCAUUGGUUGGUUUACUCUUGUGAUUAUGAUUGUGUCAUAAUUGCUUUUGAUUUGAUAGGAAGGAGUUUAUUUGAGAUUCCUUUACCAUAUGGUAUACAUACGGAAGAUAUCGAAGGAGUUCAUCUGAGGGUUAUGGGAGAUUGUCUUUGUCUGUGUAAUCCUAAUAGUAGUGAUCGUGCAAUGGCUGAGAUAUGGAUGAUGAAAGAGUAUAAAGUGCACUCAUCUUGGACUAAGUCAUUUGUUCUGCCCACUGAUAACAUCCCUCGUAACUUUUUUCUUCCAAUGUGCUUCACCAAAUCUGAAGGAUUAUUUGGAUCAAAUUGCAGUGGAAGUUUAGUGAAAUUUAAUAGCGAAGGAGUUUUAACUGAACAUGCCGCAUGCAGAAGUAAGUCUUUCAAACUGGAUCUACUAGAGUUUGCCGUGUAUAGAGAAAGCCUACUCUCCCUCCCUGGUGACUUUGGGGAAUCAAGUGAAGAUGGCCAACAAUAAUAGACUAGAAGAAUUACGAAGAAGCAUGGUUUCUGAAGAACUGAGGCUCAAUGGACUUGAAAGUGGCUUUAAUUAUGCAGACUUGUACUGCAUCACAAUAUUGGAAUUUAAAAGGAGCAUGAUUUCUGUUUAGUUUUCCUUUCAUACUUGAAACAAUCGUUGUGUUGUUGGUAUAUUUCUUCCAUAAUGAUCAAAAUUAUUAAUGCAACUCACUGGUAGGUGAGUGCUGAUUUUAUCCCUAGAUUUCCAUUUGUUUUGGGUGAGUGAUAUUUACAUCUGUAAGCACACAUGUCCCUGGAAGCCUAUUUUCAGUAUUUUGUCUGGUUUUGGGUGGUAAUUUCAGUGUUACAUCUACUUGUUAAUUGAUAUUUUGUGAAACUUAAUUGCUUUUAGUUUGAGUUUGGCUUGGCAGUGCUGCUAUUGUCUCAGGUUAUGUUCAAUAUUAUGGCUCUCCUUUGAUUCA